AUUGAAAUAUCUACAUGUCUAUCUAUAGCUACAAAAGAGCGAGAGCCCGCUGUUUCUACUUUUUGCAAUCUGUUCAAUGUUCACGCCUGUCUUCACGUUAGUAAAACAGAAACGUAGUUAGGGUAUAGACGUUUUUUGUUUCGUACUUCAAAAAACAAUAAGCAAAUCUGGUAUCCAGUGUGCAACUUCGUUAGAUUUCUUGUGUUUUUGUACUGUGUUGGUGAUUUAUCAUCGCAUAUUGUGGAUUUUAUUUUUUUGUUAGAAUUACCAGGAUGAUCUGGCAGCGAUGACGUCAGACAAGAAGAUGGAGUCGAAAGGCACCCAGAUCCACUUGCCGCUGAUCAGUCGCGGUAGCCGUGGAGAGAUUAGCGACAAAGUUACUUUCUCACAGGUGAAGUCGCCGCCGGAACAGCUCAAUAAUGGACAAGUUUUGGGGGGCUCACAAAUUAAUUUGUGCAAUGGUGGAGCUGGAGCCAUGGCCUUGGUCCCGAAGAUUCCCAAUGGUUCAGCGUGCCAGAAGAAACCAAUGGCCACCCUCACACAUCUGCCCAAGCGGCCACCUGUGGACAUAGAAUUCUCAGAUCUCUCUUACUCAGUCAGUGAAGGAAGAAAGCGAGGUUAUAAAACUCUUCUCAAGUGCAUCAAUGGUACAUUCAGGUCCAGUGAAUUGACAGCUAUAAUGGGACCAUCGGGUGCCGGGAAAAGUACUCUUAUGAAUAUCCUUGCUGGUUACAAAACCUCAAACGUGAGUGGCUCAAUACUGAUCAACGGUAAAGAAAGGAAUCUCCGACGCUUCAGGAAGUUGUCCUGCUACAUCAUGCAGGACGACUGUCUCCUGCCACACUUGACAGUGCGUGAAGCAAUGACGGUGUCCGCAAACCUCAAACUAGGCAAAGACAUGACUGUCAACGCCAAGAAUAUUGUUAUAGACGAAAUCCUCGACACGUUAAGUUUGAAAGAAGCGGAAGACACGCGAACAAUAAACCUGUCUGGUGGUCAGAGGAAGCGGCUUUCCAUCGCUUUGGAGUUGGUUAAUAAUCCUCCAGUGAUGUUCUUUGAUGAGCCGACGUCGGGUUUGGAUAGUUCUUCUUGUUUCCAGUGUAUAUCGUUGCUAAAGUCUCUAGCUAGAGGCGGAAGAACCAUCAUAUGUACGAUACAUCAGCCGUCUGCGAGGCUGUUUGAGACGUUUGACUAUUUGUACACGUUGGCGGAAGGACAGUGUAUAUAUCAGGGAUCUGUUAGGGAUCUGGUACCUUUCAUGUCGACGAUGGGCCUGCAUUGUCCGAGUUAUCACAAUCCAGCUGAUUACGUAAUGGAAGUGGCGACGGGUGAACACGGCGAGUGGGUUCAUAAGUUGGUGCUAGCCGUGAAGAAGCCUGAACGGCCUCAUGCCUCUGCCUCCAAUUGUGUCUACAACAACCUCGCUAAGAACAACAUUCAGAAGGAGGCCUUGGAGAUUGUUAUCGACAAGCCCACCUGCACAGUGCUAGAUCUCUCAAGCUCGGAACCAACUUCCGAGAAACCGCCGAUUCCAAACUCGAACAACCUUGCGCCAGUCACCUGCACCACAUCUCUUCUCGAUUCCAACGAGAGCUUCAACAAGAAACCCCAACACACCGGCUUCCCAACAUCGGGGUGGAAGCAAUUUUGGAUCUUAUUGAAACGGACCUUCAAGAGCAUCAUAAGAGAUCCAACACUGACUCAUUUAAGACUAAUUUCGCAUACAGUGGUCGGUUUGCUUAUUGGAAUGCUGUAUUAUGAUAUUGGAAUGGAUGCUGCAAAUGUUCAGAGCAAUGCUGGAUGUAUUUUCUUCACUGUAAUGUUCACAAUGUUUACUGCUAUGAUGCCUACUAUUUUAACAUUCCCAAUGGAGAUGAGUGUGUUUGUGAGGGAGCAUCUGAAUUACUGGUAUUCACUCAAAGCGUUCUACUUCGCUAAGACGAUAGCGGACUUGCCUUUUCAGAUCGUGUUUAGCGGUGUCUACGUAAUAAUCGUGUACUUUAUGACGAGUCAACCAAUGGAAUUGGAUCGGAUAUUAAUGUUCGCGGCCGUUAAUAUCCUCACGGCGCUGGUCGCCCAAUCCCUAGGCCUUCUCAUUGGUGCCGCUAUGAAGAUCGAAACGGGGGUCUAUCUCGGGCCCGUGACUACAAUCCCAGUGGUCCUAUUCUCAGGUUUCUUCAUCAAUUUUGACGCCGUACCCGAAUACUUAUCUUGGCUCACAUAUGUCAGUUACAUUCGAUAUGGAUUCGAAGGAGCCAUGCUAUCCGUCUAUGGAUACGACAGAGAAAAACUCAAAUGCUCCAUCGACUUCUGCCAUUACAGAAAGCCGAGCCAAUUCCUCAAAUAUAUGAGCAUGAAUGACGCAAACUUCUGGGUUGACAUCGGUGCUCUAACCGUGUUCUUUAUCGGUAUUAGAAUAAUCUCCUAUCUAGUUCUAAGAUUCAAGUUAAAAAUGAUGCAGUAGAGCACAAACCGCUUUGUAUUUACGGUGAUAAUUCUUUCCAUUUUAUCGAGUUAGCAACACUGCCGUGUCAGUUGAAACUGACAACUGUCAUCUGGCAACUGACUUGUCGGCUGACAGCUGUCAGUUUUAUUGUUUACGCCGGCGCAAUUAGUGGUCGACGUAGGUUUAUAUGUAGUUUUCGAAAUAAUUAGCUUUAUAGUAUGCAGUUCGACUUAGUCGAUAGUUUAUAAGUAAUUAGGUUAAGAUUUUAUAGUUGAUCGGGCCCAUGACUUAAUUUUAAGUUUAAUAUUGAUAUUAUUUUCAUGUAAUCAUUGCAUUCGUAGAUGUUUACGUACGUUUAAUGGUAUCUUUGUCUCAGUCUGUCAAAAUCACAUUAAUUAUUUGAAGUUUAUUCAACAUGGCUAAAAACAUUGAAAAAGAGAACAACUAGCUAAAUAUUUUUUAACAACAGGUCAAGUUAUAUUGUCUUUUAUAUAUGUUAGCUUUACUAUUUCAUGUAAAUCAAUAGUAUUAGUCCUCUAAAGUUUGUAGCCAUUGAAGGUCACGCUCGCUCGUGUGACUAGUUCGUAACAAUACGAUUGUUUACACGUACGUACGUAUGUUUUGGUUUUUUUCACCGUAGUUAUCUACAGUACCUUCUGGUGCCGUGUAAUUAAAGAUUUAUAAGGCUAAGGGCCUGUUUCACAAUCUAUGGAUAAAGUACCAAAUAGCAUGAAUUAUUCAAAUGAUAAAAGUUCCGAAUAAGAUACUUCGCGUUUCAUGACGAAUAGCGCUAUCUGACAGUCGUGAAACGCAAAAAUACUGUUUAUCCCACCAAUAAGUAAUAGAUAGCUUAUUUGGAACUUAUCCGGACAUUGUGAAACAUACCCUAAGAUGUGUAAAUCCAGUAACAAUUUGCCAUGUAUUUUUUGUAUGGGCCAUAGAAUAAACAAUAGAAGCCAAAUCUCAAUGAGAUUUAGUCUGUUUCUAGCAAUUGUAUUAAACACCUUAAUUAUAUACGAAUUGCGUCUAUACAUUUCUUAGUUCUCGCCUUUUAAAGAUUUUUAUUAUUCUGCACUGGUAUUAGAUCUUUCACUUAAUUUUUAUAAGAGUAGGAACAAGACAGAAACUUUACGAAAAAUUAAUCCUUUCUAGACAAAUUUGGUCUCAUUAGAGUCUAAAUGUGCUUUGCCUUUACUGGCCUUUUGUGAUAAAUUACCUAAUAUUUGUUUUCAUUUAUUUUAGAAUGCACUUGCCAACUAUCACAAAAUAUCUUAGAAGUUCCUCAUUGGGAUUAUAUUUCCUGUGUUAAGACUAGCGAUUGAGAAUUACUUUUCUUGACUACCCACUUUGUAUGAAAAUGAAAUUAGUCACACUUUGUCACGUGACCAUUUUUAAGAAAAUUACUGGGUCACUCUCAAGCCCCUACUCUAAAAGUUUCAAUAGAUAUCUCGUUUCAAUAUCAAGGUUAGGGCGGAUAUUGAGAGAUCACUUGCAUACAAAAACCUAGAGGUCGGUAUCGCUUUCGCUACAAGAGAUAAUUGAGUGAUGGCUCGAUUUCGUGAUUAAGUUAGUACAAAAGUUAGGGCAAUAGGAGUAUUUGUUCAGUAAAUUUUAUUACUCGAACAGUAUAGAAAAAAUGUUGUGAAGUCUAUUUAUGAAAUGUCUAUGGACUAUACAUUAAGGGUCGAGACUUAGAGCUAUAGCUUGACAUACUUGAGUCAUGAACAGUAUUAGAUUUUUACCAUAUAGGAAUCAUCUAUAUGUUAAAAUCUAAUACUGUUUUCAGAGUCAUACUUAGCACAAAGUCUCGUUUGAACCAUACCCUUACAUUAUAAAUAAAAUUGCAAAAAUAAUAUCAUAUUUUGUAAUAUGGUUAUGUAUUCAUUAUAUUUAAUUUAAUAUCACUUCGACUACAUUUCUCUGUAUGUAUAUCCCAAUUUAGAAUUUAAUACUCUGUAUUUUCGUUAGGAAUAAUUGGUAUUUUUAAUUUUAAUAAAGUCGGUCUUAUUAUAAAACAUGGACUAAAGAUUGAUAUGUAUGUAAAAUGGUUGGUUUAUGUAAUGGUUAUGGUAGUAUAAAAUUUAUAAUAAGGCCGGAUACGUUAUAUGUGAUAAUUGGUUACAUGUUCAAUGUAGUUAUGAAAUAGGGUGCGUUAUAAUAAUUUAUAGUUUUAUUUUGUAUUACAAUCACUAUUUGGGGCCUAUCAUGAACCGUUAACACAUGCCAAGCGGUUAUUUUCUAUAGUAUUGUGACUUUAUUUGAUGUUAAGUGUUGUGUAUAAACAUUUACACAGUCUAAAGGCUUAUUUUGGCCUUUUAAUAAUCGAAAAAUUAUUCCCUGAAAUUUAUAAGGUUUUCUAGGAAGUGACUUUGCCCUGCAACUAGUCAAAUAUAUACCGCUUACAUCGUUUCUGACCUAUCAAAUGGUUAUAAUACGAUAUAUAUAUAUAUAUUAAAAACGUCGAAACAGUACGUAGAACGUCCAAAACCGGGGUUUUUGAUGGCUUGGCUUUAGUCACGUGAUCAUUACGUUGGCAUGUUUAAUUAGUUCAUGGAUUUGCGUAUUUAGUUUUAUGUAGGCCUCCAGGUUCUAUUUUUAGUGUAUAAUGUAUAAACAAUGCAAGUAUAUUUAUGAUAUAAUACACUUGUGGUUAGUGUAUGAAUUUUAUAAUUCAGUCAGUAAAUUAAGUCAGUGUAAUAUACAAUUACUUCAUAAGUAAAAAAUGUGUUCCAUUUUUUCACUUAUGAAGUAAUUAUUCACAUUUAAAUGUUUUCGAAGCCUUCGCAAUAUUUUAAUGAGCUGUUCAUUGUUCCGUUUCACGCGAUUUUUCGAUUUUGACAGACUAAGAACAAGAAAUGGCAGGCGUACAUAUCUUAUUCGCCGUUCACUACAUUCUAGCUGUAAUAGUUAAACUUUAAUUAUGCUAUCUUUCAUAAUUCUCUUCGUCGGUAUCUUAAUUACCAGUAUUUAUGGAUUAUUAAUAAACGACUGUGAUUUUUAUAGUGAA